UUCUGUUCCAGGGAGACUAUCAGCCCAGCACAGGGAGGAGAGGAUUAACACAACUACCCAACUCAUCUGCAUACACUCUCUCCCAGGGUACCUCAGAAGAACAGCACCCUAGGCUGCCUCCUCCUUCGUAUCCUGUCAUCACAAGACCUGGGGCUGCCAGCAGCCAAGCAGUUUUUUGGUUCCAGCGUUUUCUGUUGAGGGACGAUUUGUAAGAGACGACACAGAUUUCUUCUGUCUGGACUUUAUUUCGAUCGAUUUCUCCUUGCUUUUCCGCUUGUUGAUAAAAGAUUGGGCACCAUGAGCAUAGCAUUGCGUAGUUUAGACCAGUUCUAAGUAUCUAGGACUUUCUGAAUCGACUUUGGAAACCUCUAACUUUAAGGACUGUUCUGUAGGGUUAGCCGGUUUGUCAGUUUUGACAGAGAUCAGCGUGACAAUGCCAUCUCGGGAGUCCUACGAGGUUCGUAAGGGAGAGAAGUCCCUGGUGCACAAGGCCAAGCGGGAACCCAACCAGGAGGAGAUUCUGGCUGCUGCUCUGGGAAUGAGGAUGGGACCACAGAAGCCUCCUGCCACGAUCUGGCAGCCUCUCAAACUGUUUGCCUAUUCACAGCUCACCUCACUGGUGCGCAGAGCCACACUGAAGGACAACGAGCGGGCGACCACGUGCCAGAAAGUCCACAACUUCAAGGUCCACACCUUCAGAGGGCCUCAUUGGUGUGAACACUGUGCCAACUUCAUGUGGGGUCUGAUGGCUCAGGGAGUCAAAUGUACAGACUGUGGCAUGAACGUCCACAAGCAGUGUUCUCCAGUGGUCCCCAACGACUGCAAGCCCGACCUGAAACACGUCAGGAAGGUGUACAGCUGUGACCUCACCACGCUGAUCCAAGCUCACAACACCAUGAGGCCCAUGGUGGUGGACAUGUGCAUACGAGAGAUCGAAUCCAGAGGUCUGACUUCUGAGGGGUUGUACAGAAUAUCUGGAUUCAGUGAUUCCGUUGAGGAGGUCAAGCUGGCAUUUGACAAAGAGGGUGAGAAGACCGACAUCUCGGUGAACGCUUAUGAAGAUAUCAACAUUAUCACGGGUGCUCUGAAACUCUACCUCCGGGAUUUGCCCAUUCCUGUCCUCACGUAUGACGCCUACCCCAGAUUCAUCGAAGCUGCAAAGCUUGAAGACCCAGAUAAAAGACUUGAGGCGUUCCGCGAGGCGCUGUCUCUGUUGCCAACAUCCCACACUGAAACACUGAGGUACCUCAUGGCACACUUAAAGAGGGUGACACAGAACGAGAAGGACAACCUUAUGAAUGCGGAGAACCUGGGUAUUGUGUUUGGACCCACCCUCAUGCGUGACCCCAGCCUGGACGCCAUGACAGCUCUCAAUGACAUCCGCUACCAAAGGCAGGUGGUGGAGUUUCUCAUCAAGAAUGAAGAUAUCCUUUUCUGAAGACACAGAUCAGAAAGGAAUUCUCUUUCUUAGAAUUUUUUUGUGAAACAGCUUGAUGCUGUCCGACCAGUUUUUGUGCAAAGACUUAUGAUGGAACCAAUAUGACGGAACCUUUCUUUUGCAUUUGUACUACGUUUGAAGGAAUCUUUGUAUCACGUUUGUGAUGCAUCCUUUUUUUCCACUUCCUAUGGACCCAAUGAUAAAUCCUCAAUGUUUUCCUUCCAGGUGACGUGGUUGGAUAAUGUACCUUAAACUUGCAUGUCUGUCUCCCCAUUUUUGUCGGGGGUUGUUGAAACAUGGAUGGACCAGGAGUGGUGCAGUGUCUUCUUUCCCUGUUGCUUUGUAGAGAUAUCCCAGCAUGUGCGUCAGCAUUGUGACUUUGCUUUGUUAUUUCUGUAGGUUUACAGCCCAGUAACUCCUGACUGGGAGGGCGAUUUUCGUAAAACAUUGUGUACCUGGAUGUGAAAUAAGCUACCGUAUUUUCUUUCCAUCUUACACUUUGUAAUGAUGUUGACUGAUUCUGUCUUUUUGCCUUUCAUUUGAGUUUUGUGUAGCCUACAGUCUUUACCUUUUACUCUUAGAGCCAGAAAAACAAGCCGUUUGUGCAUCUUUAAUGUUCAGUUGCCUGUCCUUAAAAUGUUCUUUGCAUUCCGACUGCACGAUUGUGCAGUUAACAUUUUUAUUGUAAUAUUUUUGUAUAUACUGUGCGCAUG